GGGACUUUGAAGUGUUGGAUAAGAAAAACUACACUAUGUGUCUGUGGGUCCUUCAUACUGCUAUGACUGGACAAAAGAGAAUGUGAAAAGAUGGAGAGAUGGAAUCAGGAGGACUGCCGGACCCUGGGUUGACUCAGACUGACGUGACCUCUGCGUCUGGGUGUUUAACCUGAUCUGAACCCCUUGACGACCUGCUGUCACGGGGCAGACUUUCCAGGUUUGAUCACUUCUGCUAUGACUGAAAUCCAGCAGAAGUUGGAGGGAGUUCACUGAUAGAGUUGGGUACUGCUGGAUCACUAUGGAUUUCUACAAAUGUUUGAGCUUACUUUUCUUCACUCUUCCUCCACAAGUGUGUUUCCAACUUGGACCCCGUGCCCACGCUGAAGAGAGGCUGCUCCAGAAUCUGUUUGCAAAUUACAAUAAGCUCUCCCGACCUGUGAGGAACACUACAGAUACAGUACUAGUCCACUUUGGACUAUCUAUCGCUCAGCUAAUUGAUGUGGAUGAGAAGAACCAGAUGAUGACUACAAAUGUCUGGGUUAAGCAAGUAAGAAAAGAUGAUAGAGAAAAGGCAUGUGAAAUACAAUCCAAUAUAACGCUGCGGUGCAUAAAUAUGAUUAAUGUUUUGCAACAGGAAUGGAACGAUUACAAACUCCGCUGGAACCCAGAGGAUUAUGAAAAUGUCACCUCCAUACGUAUCCCCUCAGAGAUUAUCUGGAGACCCGACAUUGUCCUCUACAACAAUGCCGACGGUGACUUUGCAGUUACUCACUUCACAAAGGCGCAUCUGUUCUACGAUGGCCAGAUAAAGUGGAUGCCACCAGCCAUUUAUAAGUCUUCAUGCAGCAUAGAUGUCACGUUUUUCCCUUUUGACCAGCAAAGCUGCAAGAUGAAGUUCGGCUCUUGGACCUAUGACCGUGCCAAGAUCGAUCUGAUCAGCAUGGCCGGCGAUGUGGACCAGAUGGAUUACUGGGAGAGCGGGGAGUGGGUGAUUGUCAAUGCAGUGGGCAAGUACAAUACAAAAAAGUAUGAGUGCUGCACAGAGAUCUAUGCAGACAUCACUUACUACUUCAUCAUCCGGAGGCUUCCAUUGUUCUACACUAUAAACCUUAUUAUCCCCUGUCUGCUUAUCUCCUGCUUGACUGUGCUGGUGUUCUAUUUGCCUUCCCAGUGUGGCGAGAAGAUUACCUUGUGCAUUUCAGUGCUACUGUCCUUAACAGUGUUCCUCCUGCUGAUAACAGAGAUAAUACCAUCUACAUCUCUGGUCAUACCCCUGAUUGGUGAAUACCUGCUGUUCACUAUGGUCUUUGUCACGCUCUCCAUCAUAAUUACCGUCUUUGUGUUGAAUGUACACCACCGAUCCCCACAAACACAUGGCAUGCCUCACUGGGUCCGCAGAGUAUUCCUGGACUUGGUACCUCAGGUCCUCUUCAUGAAGCGUCCGCCAGGCACCGCAAAGCAGCACUGCAAGAAGCUUAUUGAGAUGAUGCACCGUCCAACAACGAUAUCUGCCACAGGCAACUCUCAGGCCUUCUGGACAGGCCUAGAGACUGGGUUGAUACAAAUGGCCCAGGCUGAAAAUAUACUCCCAAGGACACAGUCUGACAGCCCAAGCAUCCUCGUCUGCUCACCAUCUCCACCCUCUUCCCCUCUUGGGAAGCACAAUAAAGAAGAUCACCCACUGAAGGCCGACAUUUUCAGCCGAUCCACAUCUGGUCAGUAUUCAGUUCUCUCAGAGAAGCAACCCCUACGCAGACACAACUCAGCGGCCUCGUCUUCUUCCCAAUUGUCAUUGCCCCCAACUUUGCCACUGGGUCCACUUCGCAACCUGUCGAGGGAAGAACCAAGUAGACUGGCCCCAAAUGGUCGCUCCCACAGCGUAGAGCAAAUGUCUGACCAACAGAAGUCGCUUCCUCAGAAAGCCAGACAUCUGUGUCGCUCCAGCAGCGUCCAGUACUGCUGUCUGCAUGAUGAUGGGGUCUCUGGAAUAAUGGGGCAGUUGAAAAAAACUCCUCCUACAGAUCAGCUAGCAGAAACCCUAACAGCAGAGUCCACAAAAGAUGCAAGUACCCAACAGGAUGCUGUGAUUCCAACUAUUUCUCCAGCUAUGAAACGGGCCAUAGAGGGAGUGCAGUACAUCGCUGAUCAUCUCAGGGCAGAAGAUGCAGACUUUUCAGUCAAGGAGGACUGGAAGUAUGUGGCCAUGGUCAUUGACAGGAUAUUCCUCUGGAUGUUUGUGCUGGUGUGUAUACUGGGAUCUGUGGGACUCUUUCUUCCUCCUUGGCUGGCUGGAAUGAUCUAGAAUCUCUGCAUCAAGGGAAAGAGAACACGGACAGACAGAAGGACGUGUUCCCCCAUUCUCUUAACAAAAAAAAAGAUUUACCACAUAUCUUUUUAUUUUCUGUUUUUCAAAGGGAAUACUUGUCACAUUUCUCACUCUUAGGCCGGGUCAUCGGAAGGUUACUCGCUAAAAGACAAGAUGAAAUAUCUAUCAUCGAUUUCAGUGGGCAUAUAAAUUCUUUAUGAGGGCAAAAGGCCAACAGCAAAAAUAUCCUUCCAUGUCACUCCGUUCUGACAUUGAGCUGUAUGGCUCAAUCAGAUACUCUUGUAAAAACAGUGAAAAUUUGACUCUAACCCAUGAAGAACUAUGGAUGAUGCCACAGACAGACAAAGACUGUGUAAAGUUGAAUAUAUAGCUAACUUUUAACAUUCCUUCAGUAAUGUCAGUGUUGCAGUAUGUGGACUGUGGAACAGAUCAAUGUACAGUGCUUUCGCCAAAUACAAAAAAAUACAUAUGUUCAUAAAACAAUUGUUUCUUUGAAACCUAACUGCCAGAAUUCUUGGCUGGGUACAUUCAGGUGUCCUGCUUUGUGCAAGAGUUACUCCACAGGUAAGCAAACAUGCAACUUUGCAACUUUCUAACUCUAGCACAUCUAUUCAGCCAUUCUCUUUGCUUUUACUGCAGAUCGUUGUCAUUCUUUCCAUCUGUUUUGCAUCUUUUGGUUUAUAAAGUAGAGCAGAAACUGAUAUGGAUGAUGACAAUAAAUGUGGCGACGCUGGUAAUAUUAUUAUUCUACCUUAGCGUUGAAGAUUUUGAGAUGAAUUUGUUACUCAUUAGUUCCAACAUUUAAUUCCAGCGUCCUCUCCGCUUUCAUUAUGACCUGACUUUUGUCGCUUCCCAUAAUGGAUCUUUUCAGUAUCUACAACAGCUAUAUAAAAAAAAGAUAAUUAAAAUUUAUUAAUGAGUACACCACUAUUCUGUGAAAAACUAUUUCAUGCACAGAGCAAAGGUUAAUUGUACUGCAGUGUUUAAAAUAAGUUGGCAGAGGAGGGUUUCACACUUAACUGCAUUUAGUUUUAUUCAUUCGCUGCUUCCACAGGAGGACACGCUUUUUGGAUGUUUUUUUUAAAAAUACGUUACAGAAAUUAAUCUCACGUGUCCCUCUGUCCUCAAAGAAUAGCUAAAGCAGAUGCUAUAUUUAGGAGCACUUAUAAAAUUUGCAAGAAGUAAAGCAAUCAUUAAAUAAUUAUGGGCCUUAACAGAACUGUACAGCUGACCGGACAGAUUUUUUUUGCAUUAAAUAAUUAUUUCAUUGUUUAUUUUAGUUCAAAAGCACAUCUCUGUACAUUUUGCACACACAUUUCUAGUUUAGAUGCUUCACUUUAGUUUCAGUUCAAGUCCAUGUAGUUCUUUAACACCCUCACACUCUUUGUUGCGUUUAUUUUUUGAUUUCUUUGCCUUUGUGCCAAAUUCACCCUCACCUUUGUCGUGAAAUCCUCGUUUAAAAUGUUUUGUGCGUGUGUGAGAUGUUUUUGAAAGCCUUGUUUGAUUUCUUUAUGUCACAUAAACAGUUAUAGGCACAUGUCUACUUAUAUUAAUUUCAUGUGAAAUAAAAUAAAGCUAAAUGGAAAGCAUCUAGAUUAGGUAUGUGAAUCUAUGAAAAGGCUUUUUUAAUAUUUCUAUUUUAGAAAUUUGAACUGUUGGCCUAAAUAACUUAAAGAAGUGGAAAUGAAACAAAAACAAAACAAAACUGAUGAAACAUGAGGAACAGAACAAACGUGUAUCACUGAAUUGUGUGUGAAAAGAAAAAGUAUUCAAUUACUCCACUUUAAUCCUGUGUUCGUACAUCAGCACCCUGCAGCUCCACGUGAAUAAAACUCCACAUCCGAUUAGAUUUAAAAGCAUGUAAUGUUACACCUGAAUACCCAAAGUAAUGACCUCAAUUUUGACCUCAACAAACAAACUAUUGCAUUUCCACUUGCUCAGCAGACGACUAACCACUGAUCAUUAUGUAAAUUCACAGACAAGAGAAAACAGCAAUUUAGCACAAUAUGGAAACACUGCACUUUGAACAAGGUGAAAUAGCUGCCGUGCUCCCUGUUUAUUCGUACGUUUCAGCACAAACUCUGGAGAAAAAAAGGUGGCGAUAGCCUGAAAUACAAAUGAGUACUCUGGCUUUGUUGCAACAUCAAAAAUGUAGCAUAUGAUAAACAUGAGUUUAAAUCUUUUGUCUGCAUUCAAAGAUUUAUAUAUGAACGGAUAUUAAUUUCCAUUUAUCCCACCAGUUUUCCAAGGAUACACAAUACCACAGCAUAUUGUUAUUAUAAUUCUAAAAUGAAAUGAGCGUGGUCUUUAUGAAACCACAAGCUAAUUUUCAUUAAAUGAUAAGCCAUGCCUUUUCAGCACAGAUCUCAUGCAUAAUUUCAGCAUUAAAUACUUGUAGAAAAGCAAAUGGCAAAACUCCAUAAAGCUCCUUUGUGUUGGCUUCCUCAAGGAAGCAAUGCCAAAUGCCAUGCAAGUACACAGUGUUAUUAAUUACAGCUAAAUGUCAUGUUAUUGAAUUUACCUUUAUGAAAAAUUGACCUUCAAUGCUAAUUUCAAUUAAGUGAUUGUCUUCUGAGAUACAUAUGCCCCUG